CUACGAUAACUUUGAAAAAAAAAUGGGUAAAAGACUUGUUGUGAAAUUGGAAAAGCUAGAAGAUUUAUCUAAUGUCAGUUCAAAGUCACAAGCUACCAAGAAUGAUGAUGAUUCAUCUGAAAUUGAUUGCAAUGAUAAUAAUGAUGGUAGUGGUUACUGUUUUAGAAAAAGACCAAAGAUAAUAAGUAAUUCACGCAAGCCAUCUAAAAAAGAACUAAUUCCAUAUGAUAAAAAAUUGAGAAUUGCUCAAAUGAUUGAAAAUCAUCCAACUUGGUCAAUGCAAAAAAUUAAAGAACUCAAUGAUGUACAUCAUGUUUCUAGUGGACAAAUAGAAAUAUGGGCAGAACAAGUAAAAAAAGGUGGUUCUUUUUAUGAUAAAAUUAAUCAAAUUAAUAACUGGGUUUUUGCCAAAUGUUUGGAUUGUCAAAAAAAUAACAAAAAAUUUUCUGAUGAGUGUAUACAAAAUUGGGCGCUUGAAGCAAAAAAAAUUUAUUUUUCUGGAAAUAUAAAUAAACUUUUCACAGCAUCUUCUUUCUGGAUAACAAAAUUUAAAAAACUUCAUGGUAUCACUGGUAUCACAAAGGAUAAUCUUCAAAUUGAUGAGGAAUUUAUCAAACCAACAAUAAGUACUGAUAAUUUACAGAAUGACUGUGCUACAAAAGAUGAAACUCGUGACGAUACUGAUAAACUUAAGUCUAUCGGCAAUUUAUGUUGCAACCCACUAUACAAUUCUUUUAAUUUACGUGAGACAAAAAAUAUUCACAUUCCUUUUGAUGUGAAAAAAAAAGUUGUUGAAUUGAUGAGAAAAAAUCCAUCUUGGUCAUUGGAAAAACUAAGAAAACGUAGUGGCUGUAAAUAUAUCAGUACUUCUCAACAAAUCAGAAGAUGGGAUAAGCAGGUGGAAAAAGGUGGAUCAGUUGAAGAUAAAGGUAGAGCAAUUGACAAUUGGGUAUUUGCGAAAUUUGUUGUGUAUGAAAGCAGUAAUAAAAAAAUUACUGAUAAAAUGUUACAAAAAUGGGCAUGUCAAGCAAAAGAAAUUUGCUUGCCAAAUGUUAAUAAUUUUCCUAAUUUCAAUGGAGGUCCUAAAUGGUUGUCUAAAUUUAAAAAAAUACACAACGUCGAUGGUCCGCCCAAUGAUCUGAAAAUCUGGAAUCAAUGUGAUGAUAAUACUUUAAUAAAACUUGAAUCAUCUGACCCAAAUGAAAAUGUAGUUGUACGACGAAAUAUAUUCAAACAAAAUAAAGUAAUUGUUCCGUAUGAGCAAAAAGUAAAAGUUGUAAAUACUGCUCUUGAACAUCCUGAUUGGACAAUCAAAAUGAUAAGAACAUACACUCAAUGUUAUGUCAAAGAUCGUUCUGUUAUUGCAAAAUGGAUAAAACAGUUAAAAAACGGCGGAACAUUAGAACAAAAAAUCAAAGCUAUUAAUGAAAAAGUAUAUGAAAAAUGCAUUGAUUAUAUAAAAAAUCACAAUGAAAAUCUAAACUAUUUGAUGAUUAAAAAUUGGGCACUUGCAGCAAAGAAUGCAUUAUUUUCGGAAAAUUGUAAAAAUUUUAAAUUUGCCGCAUCACGUGGUUGGUUUACAACAUUUAAAAAUACUUAUUGUAGUACUGAAAUAUCACUAAAUUUGGAACUUAGUGAGUUAAACACUUCAACAUUAAAAAAUGAUAUUAGUGACUCGGAUAAAAAAGCUGAUAUAUUUGGUGGUAAGGAGGCACCAUAUACAGAUGCGCCAUUGGCCUCUCAAGCAGUAAAUUUAAAUUCUGAUGAUAUCAACACCGAAUCUCUCAGAUUAGAGGAUAAAAUGAAAGUUGUACAAUUGGCAUGUGAUAAUCCAACGUGGCCGCUCAGAAUACUAAGAAAAGUAUCUGGAAUUAAACAAUUAAAGACUAACAGACAACUUAAGAUCUGGGCCAUUCAAUGUGGACGAGCUGCAAAAAAAUAA